AUAAUGUUUAAAAUUUUCCAUUUACUUUCUUACCUGGUAGAUUAAUCACACACGACACAACUCGUUUCCGGUGAUACUCAAAAUUAGCUAUGACCUGAACUUUCAUUAUUAAGAGUUUCUUAAUUUGGGGGAGGAGCUUCAAUCUUAUGAAUACAAUUUUCUCUAUUCUUAGUCAUACAGAAAGACAGAUUGUUUGUGAAUGUCUUAGCAAAAGUUGAUAACCUUAUGUCAGGUUUAUAGUUUAUUUGCUCCUUUCCAUUUUAACCCUUUUAAGGAGUAAUUUUUGUUAGCAAGCUGAACUCUUUUGGGCCAAACCGGAGGUUGUUACAUUGAAAUUCUAUAAAUCUCAGCUUAGUGUACGUAAGACUUAUGCGUUGGUUGGGUUGGGUUAUGCCCUUUUAUUUGGUCCAAAUUAACCAACCCGUAUUGACUCGAGUAAACUUUGGGUGUGUUGGAUCUUAACUUUGUUCUACCAAAAUCCAUUUUAGCCGGUCCAAAUUUUAUUCGACUUGUCCCUUUGACAUCCCUAGUUGGGGAUGAGCAAUAUGGUGUCAGAAUGAGUUCAAAGUCUACAAAGAUAUUGCUCUUGAUGUUUGUUGAACGAACUUUGAAGAAGCUAGUUUCUGGUGUCAUCCUUGAUUUGGAUGGUACACUUCUUAAUACAGAUGGUGUUGUGAGCGAGAUUUUAAAGGCUUUCAUAGUUAAGUAUGGAAAGCAAUGGGAUGGGAGAGAAGCUCCUAAAAUAGUCGGGAAAACCCCUACAGAAGCUGCAGCUGCAGUUGUCGAAGAUUAUGGGCUCCCAUUAUCAACAGAUGAAUUUCUUUCACAAUUUUACCCAAUGCUCUCUGACCAGUGGCGCAAUAUCAAAGCUCUUCCAGGGGCCAAUCGGUUGAUUAACCAUUUGAGUGGUCAUGGUGUACCCAUGGCAUUGGUUUCAAAUUCUUCUCGGUCUAACAUAGAGACCAAAAUUUUUCAUCAUCAGGGAUGGAAAGAAUCAUUUUCAGCCAUUGUUGGAGGAGACGAAGUGAAAGCUGGAAAGCCAUCUCCGGAAAUAUUUCUUGAAGCAGCUGAAAGACUCAACAUGGAUCCAUCCAGCUUUCUUAUCAUUGAAGAUUCAAUACCAGGUGUCACUGCUGGUAAGGCUGCUGGAAUGGCAGUUGUUGCUGUACCAUCUCUUGCAAAGCAGUCUCAUAGUUAUACUUCCGCUGAUGAAGUGAUCACUUCUCUUCUAGAUUUGCAACUAGAAAAGUGGGGAUUACCUGCAUUUCAAGAUAGAAUAGAAGGUACUUUGUCUUUAGAACCUUGGUAUAUAGGUGGUCCUGUCAUUAAGGGAUUUGGGCGCGGCUCAAAAGUUCUUGGGAUCCCCACAGCUAAUUUAUCCCCAGAAGGUUAUUCAGCCCUUCUUUCAGAACAUCCAACGGGUGUAUAUUUUGGAUGGGCAGGAUUAUCAGCUCGUGGUGUUUACAAGAUGGUCAUGAGCAUUGGUUGGAAUCCAUAUUUUAAUAACACAGAGAAAGCUAUAGAGCCAUGGUUGCUUCAUGACUUCAAUGAGGACUUUUAUGGUGAGGAAUUGCACCUAGUUGUUGCGGGCUAUAUACGGCCGGAGGUCAACUUUUCAUCACUUGAAGCCUUGAUAGCCAAGAUUCACGAGGACAUGAAGAUUGCAGAAAGAGCUCUCGAACUUCCUCAAUACUUGAAGUACAGGGACGAUCCAUACCUUAAAAUCUCUUUGCAUCAGGACAAUUGAUCUUUGAAGAUUGUUGGAAUUCAUUGGUGUUUCUGAUUGGGAUUGCAUUUGCCCUGUUUCCUGGUGCAGUCAGAAUUAUAGCAGAAGAAUUUCUGUCAACUGCAUGGAAUUCUAUAUACAAAAAAAAUGUAAUAAUUGACUUUAUAACUAUUCAGAAUAAUAUUAACCAAGUAGUGUUUAUAAAGGAUGUUCUUUCAA